AAGCCGGCCAGUUCCCACCUUCCCACGCCCCGCCCCCGGAUAUGGCGGAGCGGCCGUUCCGGGACGUUGUUACUGACGCUCCGCGGUCGCCGGGGCCGCCGGUGCGGAGCCGCAGGGGGAUCCCGGCCGGAUUCUAAAAAUGGAAUGGGGAGGAGAGUAUUCUUUUGAUUCUUCCAAUUUAGACUGUUUGUUAAAUGUCCUCCCUGGAGAAUUGGAAUUUCGACAGAUCCUUAGUGAUCUUGAUGAAAAAAUAAAGAAGAACUCUUCCAGCAUAGAAAAGUGUCUUAAGGACCUGCAAUCGGACGUAAAUGAAAUAUGUACUGAUGAAGUACUACAAAGCACAACUGACUGCAUUCAGUGGCUAAGUCACUGCAAUUUUAGUUCUCUCAGACCUUCUUCUACAGACCAUGGAGAGCUGCUGGAGUUCCUUAAGACCCUGCAAAGCUUGUUGAAGAAUGAGAAGAAUCAAGAAGAAAUGGUACUUCACUUCCUUCUGGAUCUCUCUAGUCAGUGUGGUGUCUCAUUUCCCUGUACUGCAAGUGGGACAUCUUUUGACUUAACAUCUUCGCUUCAUACCAUUCAGGAUGAUUCAGCUGUGGAUGUGAAAUCUCUUUGGGAUGAUGUGAGAUUGCAUCUUCGGCAAUUUUUAGUAAAUAGACUGCAGAGUCAAGAAGAAACAAACACUAAUGCUUUGCAACAACAAAUGGAGUUUAAAACUCAGUGUGUACAGCAGCUUUUGUUUCUUUAUCCCAAAUCAGAAGUCUUAAUGAGGUAUCAAAAUAUGCAGAAUAAACUGGUUAGUGAUCUUCUACAAAACUGUAUUUUGUCUAGUUGUGGUGAAACAAAUUUUGAUAAGGUGGUUCAUGGUUACCAAAGUUCCAUACCCAGAUUGUGCACGAUGAUAAAAGAGGAUUUGUAUAUACUAACUGGAACUAUUGGUCCAUCUUCGUCAUUAAAGUUUAUUAAUGAAACUUACCUGGAUACCAUCACUGAAGAAAUGACAGUUCUUCUUGAAAGACUUUGUGAGCUGCAGUUCAAAGAAAAUGCUCUACAUAUAGUUAAAGCAAACAAGAUUUCAAAGAAGCAUAGAGGAAGAGUUCACGCUAUGGCCUCCCAGGAAUACCACAGGAAAGGACGGAACUUCUGCUUAACCUUAUAUCAACUCAAAUGUCUUUCUCAACUUAUCAAACUUUUCUUAUUAAUGGAGGAAAAAAUUGAAGAGCUCUCUACAGAAAUUCUGCUGCUGCCUUCAUAUACAGAGAGGAAUAAGAAUGUUCAAGGAGUUCUGAAGAGAGCUAGUGGGGAGCUUUUAAUAGGAGAAACUAGAGCAAAUGAAACCAGCGUGCUUCCUGAGCAGUUACUUCAGGUAGAAGAGCCUAUUUUACUGAGUUUUGGCUGGAGAAAUGCAUUUAAAGACCUGUCUUCUUCUGUGGCUCAUUGUAUAACAAUAGCAAUUGAGGAUUUUUCAUCUAAAAUUCUUCAACAUGAGCAGAAAGAAGAGUUUUCAGCUGCAGGCUGUGCAAUGAGUCUUGUAAACAACCAGCAAAUGAGGGAGUCCUGCAGAGCAGUCCAACAGGAGGAGCAACCAAAACGAAUUGCUAAGUUUUGUUCUGACAUCAUGGAAGAACUCGACACACUGCUUCCAUUGGCUCUGGCCUGCAGAGAUGAUUCUCUUCAGGAAAUUAGAGCAAACUUUGUAGAAGCCUGCAGCAAAGUGGCAACAGCUGUUCUGGCAAGACUAGAGGAGAAAAGCAAAGACGUUCCCUCGAAGGUUCCCCUGCAAGACUUGUAUGCUGCCCUUUCCACGGCAAUAUAUGUCUUCCAGCAUUUUACAAUGUAUAGCAAUUUAAUGAGAGAAACAAGCAAAAAACCCCUGUUCCUGGUGCCUAUCCAGAAAUGUCAGGAAUUCAUCAAAAUUCUCCAGUUUCAAGUUAAAAACUACUGCAUCAGAGUUUGUGCUACAAGCAUUUUGCAGGAUGCUGAGAGCCACUGCUGGGAUGACUACAAAGCUUUUUACGAGGGGGAAAGAUGCUCAUUCUCUGUCCAGAUGUGGCAUUACUUCUGCUGUGCUCUUCAUCAUGAUCUAUGGACAAUUCUACCUCCAAAGACAGCCCAGGAGAUUCUUACAGAUGUACUAGAGCGAUCUUUGGAUAUUCUGUCCUCCAGAUAUUGUCAGGUGUGUCCCAGUUACAAAAGAACACCACAAAUCAGAAUUGAUAUUGCAGCAAUUUUGAUGUCCACUGAAGAUAUGCUCUGGUCAAUUUGUAGUUCUGUGCAGGAGUUUCUGAAUCCACACAAAGACAGAAAUCUCAAGAUCUAUAAAAUACAUAGCCACUGCAAUAGUCUGAUCUCUGUGCUGGCUAUUUUAACUUCACCACUGAAGAAUUUGUAUGAGACAUUUCUGGAUAAUUCUGAUGAACAUCUUCCUCAAGAUUUUCCAGAAGUCUUUUAUCACCCAUUGCACUGGUUAUUUUGCAUACCAUCAUCCUGUUUUUUCUUUCUGAAGACUCCAUCACCCAGAGAAAUGGCAGCCCAAGGUCUGCUGAAGCUGCUCUUAUCCCAGCCAUACUGUAAUUUGAACUUGCUUUUGGAAACAUUGCUACACCAUGAUUGUCUCUUAGUGAAAAUUUUGCUGAGAAGCUCAAGUAAUCAAGCAUUAAAUUGUGAUGAACAAAGUUCUCUCUUGGAACAGGAAAGUAACAAAGAGCCUACUCUGAUUGAAACAAUCUUCACAGUAUUGUCUUACUGCACUUUAUCACCCAAAUCUCUUGGCAUUGCUUUUGAGUCGUACAUGGAAAAAGAGCUGCUGUGGAACUGCUUAUACAAUAUGACAGUUUCCAGUUGUGGUGAGUCGGAGCCAGAAGUUAUCAGAUGCUUGAAGUUGACUUUGAUUAAUUCAGUGAAGGGUAUAGUGAAACAAAUAAUUUCUUUGAUGCAUUCAUGGGAGGCAACAGAAAACUAUGGAACAUACCAGCACAAACAAAUAGUUCCUGAAGGUUUACUGAAAACUGUUCCAAAGGAAUGGAAUUACACUCCUCGGGAAAUGAAGAGAAAGGAAUCUGGGAAAUGCUUCACAAGGCUUGCAGCUCAAGCAGUAUCUAUUGUAAUCAGCAAGUUACCUACAGUGAUUGCAUGUUUGCCUUCUCCAGUUAAAUACUUCUUUUUUCUGGCUGAGAGAAAAAUGUCAAGAAACUUUGCUGAGUUGAAGAAAGCUGGUCUGCUUGUCUGGAACUUGAUUGUAAUUAUAUGUCGGAUAUUUGAGGAUGGAAAUACUGCAGAAUUUUUAACAGGUGCAACACUUGACAGAUGGAGCAAAGAAAAACUCAGUUUAGUUCGUGUGUGCUUAGAAAGUAUUAUGGGAAAACAGAAAAGUGGUCCUAAGCAAGUGACCCAGAAGAUUAUACAAAGCAUUGAGCAGCAAAGACCAAACUGGAUUGAAAGCCAGUUGCUGAAGGCAAGAAAGUUGAGCAUAGACUGUGCCUCAGUGACAGUUAAAGGUGCAACAUUAGAGGAUGGAGGUAUUGCUCUUGGAUUCUCUGAGCAUAAUAUAAGCAUGAUGGUCCUGGAUAUCUGCCACAAACCAAGUGGUAGUGAGUACCUGACGCAAAUUUAUCGCAUCAUCCGGCUCAAUGAGGAAUAUUUGAAAGAACAGCUGUCUUGUGAGAAUCCUUCUGAAGAUGGUGUUACCUCGGGUCAAUGUCUGCCUUUGACACUGAAGGCCAGAGAGGAGCAGCCUGUCUUCAACCCUUUCCAGGUGUACAGACAAUCUUAUGCAAAAGUAUUCAAUCAGUCAGCCAUUACUGAAUGGAACUGGGAUUGGUCAAGCUUGCUGCCAGGUUACUUAGGACUGAAUCAGAUGGCCUUCAGGGUGCUGCUGUCACACAGCUAAAGUGUGCCUGCUUAUACUUUCCACCUGACUAGGACAAUUCUAGCUGUUCGUGUGGCUAAACAAACAAGCUUUGCAGUAAGACUCAGGUGAGCCCUAUCAUUAGAUGAUUCUUCAUGAUCCUUCCUAGAACUGCAUAAGUCAGCCUUACUUGUGUUCAAGACUUAAUGUUCAAGCUGAAUAAGUGUGUGAUUAUUUUGACCUCCCACUUAUGGUGGACUUAUUGUGUUUCUACUGUUUUCCUCCUGAGAUGAGUUAAACAAAACCAUAGACAGUACUUGAGCUGUUUCAGAACCAUCCGUUUAUAAAGUGGAGGACCAUAAUAUUUAAAUUACUCCUUCCUUUGACACAUGCUAAAGCUUUCCCUGAGUAGUUAUGUCUGUGCAGGCAAAAAUAUUUUCACCAGUUCACAGUGAUGUUAGAAUGAUAUUUAUUUCCUUCUUUUCAUAUUUCAAGAAAAAAUACUGUCAGUUGCAUAUGAAGUUUAAAAAGCAGUCUUUCUUUUGAGGAAAAAAAAAAGUGAAAAUGCUUAGGGGACUCAUUUACAAGGGAAAUGCUCCCCUAACCUAGUUAAUGACUGAGUUAGUGAGAGGGUGUUAUGAGAGCAUUGUCCCAGAGCCAGCAAGUGUUAGGCAAAUUAAUUGGUUGGUGGUUAGGGGAAAGUAAAAUACUUUUAGAACUGGUUAAAAAGGAAAUUAAUUGUUGCCUACUACUCAUUGCUGGCAUCACACAAUGAUGGGAAUCUAAUCCGUCCAUUCCUAUGAUCGUCGAAGUAAAAGUGUCCAGGAAAUUUUUCAUAUUAAAGAUGUGGUGGUUGUAAGGCUCUGGAAUCCUCCCACUGAGUCCCUCAAAGGGACUUACAGGGAUUUAUGUAUGUACUCUGAGUUAGAUGCAAGGGAGGAAUACCAACAAGACACUCCUCAUGAGUCAAAACAACGAAAACUCAACUGGCAAACUUGAGAAAAUCAGGGAACUUUAGAAAAAGCUUAUAGCAAUAUUGAAUCCAUAAAAAGCAUUUGACAAAACAUUAACUUAGCAAGCUCUAAGGUCAUUCAAUUUAACAAAUUUCAACCCAUCUGAUUUUAAUUUACUCAAAAAUAAAUAAUAUGUUUGUAUAUAUAUAAUAUAUAUAGUUUGAACUGCAAGAAUAAGAUUUAAAAUGUAUUUCUCAAUUAUAAUUGAAACAGUAUCUUUUAGUAAUAAGACCCUUAACAUUCAACUAACUUUUGAACUUGAUUUACACAAGUUUUAAAAAAUCUUCUACGUACUUAAACAGAUACAUCCUGCCUUUUCAAGUCCUGGACUCACUUGUUCAUCCUUAGCUACUCCAAUAACAAAAGAGGGUUUCUUACCUCUAAUACAUGUAUUAAAGCAAGAAGAGCAAUUGUUAUUUAACUACCCAUAUCUUGACUUACAAUUAGUGUCCUGCUCAUAACAUUACAAUUGUUAUUGUCCAGUCAAAUCAGAGUGUUGAAAAUCAGCAAGAAAUACUUAGAAGUAGGCAAAAAGCUGUUGUGUUGUCAAUACUGAGGCAUAAUUCCAGAGCACAAUACCAUGCAUUAUCCUUCUUGUUUAUGUACUCUCCCUUAUAUAAAAGUUAAAUUUAUAACCAUUAAUUUUCACAGGAAUACCUUGGCAAAUUGUACAUGGUUAGAAGAUAUUAUUAUUUUGUGGGGCUUUGAGAUGUGACCUGCCUUCUGCAGUUGUGCAGGAUUUUCAGGUGCACUGAAUACCUUACAAUAAUGUAAUGAUAUUCCUGUCACUAUAAAGAGGAAGAAAAAAAGAGACAUUUUUGUAACAUGUGAAGCCAUUAUCCAAUAUUGCAGUUAUUUGCAGUUCUGAAAAGGAAUGGCUGGGAUUCCCUCCUCUAAUUAGGGAGGUUUCACUAAGAACUGGUGUCUGUGCAGGGACAUGAAGUGAUUUAGUUGGAAUGAUGUAGGUCCUGCUACAGGAGCAUGCUGGGAGCUGUAGGAACAGAUAGAGACGAACUCAUGACUGGCAAAGCUAACAGCAGCCAGGACCUUCAGAACAGAAAGCUUAACAACUUAAUAACUAAGAGAGGAAUGGGAAUGUGUUAUUUUUUACCAUAAGUGUUUCAGGUGAGAAAUAAUAACAAGUUUGAAAAACUAUAGAAAUUAAAACUUGUAUUUGUUCAAAUUGAUAAGAAAUGCAAUAAAAAUGUCUAAACUGAAGAUUAGAAUUUGAUUUCCAACAGACAAGCCAGUGUAGCUCAAGAAGAACCUUCCAGAAGAUGUUUAUACAGUGAUAUGAGCUUUAAUAGUUUUAAGUUGGAGCAGGAUAGCCAAGUUUCUAGUCAACUUUUGGUCAUGUGUUGUUUUGAUACAGAUUCUGAACUGCCCAGCAGCUUCUGAAAGUUGAAAACAUGGAGAUGUUUAUAUAUCGGAUUUCAGGAAACCAUAAAAAAAAGAAUAAGUUUGUCUUUUACUAAAACUGGCUAAAAUCUGUAGGAUUUCUAGUAGACUUUUUUGCUACAGCUACAAGUCAACUAUUUAUGAUGGUUGGUGAAGAGCUAGGGUGCCGUUAAUACUGCAGUAAUCAUCACUGCGCGGUGUUACUAUAAAUGAUAACCUUACAUUGCAUAUGAUAACAUUUGCUGCAAAAUAGAUAUAAACUCUCAGAUCCCUUGGACUACAGAUCUUUUCAUAACAUAGUCCAGACUGCAUUCUUGUUGAUGAACUACUGGGCUGUUUACAAGUGGGUCUGCUUUUUGGGUAGGUUAAAAUCUAUCAUUAGCAGCAGAGUGCUCUUCUAGGAUUGAGAAAACCUUGUACGUAGUGUCUCUUUAUUAAAAUUCUUUCAACUGUACUGCCUUUUGCAAAUUGAUUUGUUUAUACAGUUGUGGCAUUUUUUCCCCAUAGUAGAGCUAAGGGAUAAAAUUACGUGUUUUGACUUUGAUUAAGCUUAAUAAAACUGAAGUAAGAAAAUCUUGUUUAGAAUUUUGAAUGAUUGAAGGGCAAAUUUUGCAUAGCUCUUGUAUAUUCUAGUGAAUACACAGACACCAUCUGUUGAGAAUGAUAGCCAUAUGGUGAACUAUUUAUAGAAAAUAUUUAUAUUCAUUGUGUUGUUGAUUAUCUAGAUAUCCAGAAAACACACUUUAAAAAUCUAGUUUAUCAACAUGUGGAAAAAUUUAUUGUGUGGUUUUGAAACUGAAAAGAAUGCCAACAAACUGCAUGUGUUUUGUUGUCUGUCAAAGAUUCUUUAUAAAACUUUACAAAAGCCUAAAUUUGAGAAAUGAGUGAAAAAAACCUCCAGGGUAUUAAAUGGUAGGAAGUUUUCUAACAAUUUUGUUUGUGGAAGAAACAAAUGAUGGAAGAGCAAUUACUGAUGCCAAGACCGAGUGCUUAUCUGCAUGGCAGAGGACAGCAGUCUGAUACCUAGUGUACUUCUAGGUGUGUUAAUCUGUCUUCUAAACUGCAGAUGCUCCCAGAUCUUUGGUAUCCAAAUUUGCUGGAUAUUGGAAAUUCAUGCUGUUGCUACAGUUACAAGUCAACUAUUAAUGAUGAUUGGUGAAGAGCUAGGGUGCCAUUAAUAUUGCAGUAAUCAUCACCUGCUUGGUGUUACUAUAAAUGAUGCCCUUAUAAUGCAUAUGAUAACAGGCUUUCUAAAAUGUCUGGGAGGCUAUGAAAGGCAGUAUCUCAUUGCUCCUGUAUCAAAAGAAGCAGGUGAAAGGUAUUAAUCCAUUAUUGUACAUCUCUUGGUUAAUCAUGAAGUCAGGCUUAGACCCUAGUGCUGUAUGUACCAAAAAAAAAGCCAAUGGGAUUUUGUGGAAAAUCUCACUUUGACCUUUCUGGGUAAGCAAGUAUCCUGUUCCAUAAAUGAGUUGGUCAAUAACAAGGUGUAUGUCACAUCUGUCACCACAAGGAUUAUCCUUUGUCUGCUUAUCCUCUUCUGACAUAGCUAAUCAAACCAUACUGUGACUUUAAAAAAUCUGUCGGAAGAAGGCUUAUUUCCCUGCCUGGCACUUUUAAAGCAUUGGUGGCAGAAUAUAACAUCAGUAAGCAAAAGAGAACAGUAAGCACUCACUGUUUGACUGCCACUCAAGCCCCUAUCAUGUAUACAGUUACAGCAUGAAUUUCACAAGUAAAUGAGGUUAAAGAUGAGGCUCCUCAUAUGCAAUACACUUUUCUGAUUGUUAUCAGUCUCUCUCUUCUGCAGAUAUAUUGAUGAAUCAUAUGAAAAAAAAAAUACUCUCUGAUGACAAUCUCCAACAGAAGGUGCUAAAAACAUAAGGAUUGCCAUAUCCCAUUUAACCUUACUUAAUAUGACCUAUUUUUUAAUACUUGGGAGUCUUUUAUGAUGAGGCUUUUGCUAGCUUUGCAAUACAAAAGCAUGUACUUCCCAUCUCUCCUUUAAUUAACAACUAUAAAGUUGCUUAAACAAGGUUUUGUGCUAAUUAGAUUCUUUUUUUUAUUACUCAAACCUGGCUUCUAGAAAAAGUGAAAAUAAAAUGAAUUAAAAAGAAGAAAGUAUUGGUAAUACAUCUUUUUUCAUUCAAAAGGGUAGUAAGCACAGCAUGUUGGCUAGGGCAGAGACCUGUGAUCCAAACCUCUUUCUUCUAAUAAUGUGUCACACUGCCUUGGUUUCCCAUUUAUAUUAGAUCACAUUUGUCUGCAUUUUUAUAUCCUUUGAUAUGCUUUUGUCUUGGUUUAGGAAUGGUGUUCCCCAAAUUAGUGCUCCUGCUGAGACUCUCCAAACCACUAAACCACUGCUUACUCCUUUCCCCCUUCCCUCUCUUCCCCCGUGGUGCUGUGGAGAGGAGAAUUGGAGGCACAAAACAUAAGCAUCAUGGGUUGAAACAAGAGUAGUUUACUGGAAACAGUGCUGAAUGAAGAAAACAAGAAGUAACAGCAACAAUACUAACAACAGAGGGUACAAGAAAGAGGCAAGCAAUUCAAUUGGAAACCCCCUGACAAGAGAUAAUUCCCAACUGCUCCCUCCACCCCACUGACUCGGAAGAGAGCCCUUUCCCCGUGCCCAGAAAACUACAUGAGGUGGUACAGAGUAACCUCCAGGUGUCAGCCAUGCCCCUUCCUGGCUAGUGCAAAAAUUAAAUCUGUCCUGCCCAGAGCCAGGAUGGCUUUGAUGGGAAUACUGCUAGGUAUAUUCAAUGUAUUGUGUUAAUAAUACAUUUGUGUAUUCAUUGUUAGGAUUCACUGGUUCCUCUAAAGGUAUGUCAUAACUAGGUACUUUUGUGUUCUAUAAAUCAUCACUUGGAAGCGUGGCACUUCAGCACUAUUAUCCCUAUAUAAUUAACCCGGUGAUUGCUAUCCUGUGACUUGGGUGGCUUUUCUUAAAAACAGUUAUUUCCUUUCAUCUGUAAAUUAUUUGCCCUCCUUUCAACUCUCUCUCAAAUCCUGUUCUCACUAGGGAUUCUUAAGUGGAGAUACUGAUGUUCAUUUUUCUUAUCUGUUCUUUUCUCUUUCCACUUUCAGACUGCUAUUGAUCCAAGUUUCCAUUCUUAAUAGAAACAUAGUUAUAUAGUGAUUGUAAGUGUGAUGUAAGUGUACUAUGUAAUUGCUAAAUGUAUAAAUGUGAAUCAAUGCAUUCAAAGUACUGACUUCCCUGAUUGUACACAGUGGCUUAGCUUCUCGUCUUAUCUAUAGACUUUCUUGCUACACCUGCAAGGGAAGAGGCUGCAGGACACAAGCUGACAAGCUAAAAGUCUGUCCUGUCCGUCAAGGCAUUGUUUCUUCCUUUUGCUGCUUUUAGAUAAGGGAUUUUUCAUCAAAAUUUUAGUAAUGUAGAGUAAUUCCAUUUCCAUACAGGGAUCUCAAUUUGUUUGUAAGCUGUAAUGAGCUGAGACAUGCAAGUCCCCUGUAAGGUAGAGGGGGAAGUAUUAUAUCAGAGUUAAACAAAUGGAAAAUCUGGUUACGCAAGUCACUUUUAAGCUUUCUUCUGCACUGCAAAACCAGUCUGUAGCAAAGUAAAGAGUAGAACCUAGUUAUUUUGACUAAAUUUAAGAUACAAAGCUACCACAUAGUAGCUGGUCUGUGGUGGCUGUUGCUAUCCUCAGUUCCUUUGUGGCAAGAAAGGGGAGGUGACUCAGCUUUAGUGAGACCUUGAUGGUUAUCUAAUUUGAAUCACCUUGCAUUCAUUUUAGGAAGUGGUAGUCCCAUUAGUUUUUCUCUGAAGGGGGUGGGGAAGACUGUAUGCUUUCUCCUGACCUUGAAAUAUUCACUGUUGCAACAACAAAGCAAGUAUGUGGUGGUGGCCAGUGUGGAUCCCAGACUUUUGCAGCUGUAACUGAUGACUCUUAGCGCUAUGGCUUUCCCAAAGUUAUUGACUUCUCUCAUGGCUUUCCUGAUUGUACUUCCUCUGUCCUGCCAGGCUGGCACUGUUUAAGAAAGGAUGACAAGUCCUAGAGAUCUUACCGCUUCUUCCCUAAGUCCAGUUGUUAAUGUCAAACUGACCUCGUAAGUUUUACAGUCACAAUGCAAAUAAAGCAGUGUUGGUCAGUUUUACAUGAACUCCUAAUAGGUUUUCUGAAGGGCAUAGUAAGUUUAAAAUCGGCCUACACACGGCCACAGUAUUUGGGCUUUUCUGAUGCUGAUUGAUAAUUCGACCCAGAAAACCUUUUUGAUUGGGAUUUUUCUUCCCCUCUUAACUUCUUUCUAGGGUCUAACAACAAAAUUUACUCUUUGUGAAGAGUGGGAAACCAUUGUGCAUACUGCCUCAUAUACCAAAGAGGGAAUUGUCAUUCUGAUAGUUGACACUGUAAAAUGUCAUUGAAGAAAGCUUUUUCAUGUUAGUCUUUAGAUUGACAGGUUAUGACAAAACUGCAUUCAUGUUGCUUGAAUACAUCUUUUGUCUAGUUUUACAUGCUUUUUGAAUUGUCUAGAAAAUGACAUAUUAAGAUUUUCAUUAGCCUUAACCAGGUGUGAUUUUCUUUAUGGAAGAUACCUUGGUAGGACUGCAGCUGAAGGUGAGUAAACCAGUGAAGCUUAGAAAUGCUGCAGCCCUUCUUCAGAUGGUGGCAGGGAAUUGAAAGACUCAUUAAUCAACAGCUAAGUCACAGAUGUGAUGUCUUUCCUGCAACAGACAACAGACUGUGAAAGUCACAUCCAACACGUAAAACUGUUAAAUAAGGCACAUCCACAAACAUUCUUAAACUUUUGUCUUUCCAUUUUUCUUGAAAAACACUACUCUUUUCAUGUUUUCAUUAUUGAUUUCCUUUAUUUUAAACAAAAGUAUUUGUUCUUUUUCCAAGCAAUACUAUUUAGGAAACAAAAGUAAACGCUGACACUGUUUUCACCCUUUGUUCAUUUUAAUACAACAUAUUCAUUUAAAUGGAAACACAGUUUUGAUUGCAAUGAUUAAUGUAAAGAGUUUCAAUAUUAUAAAUUUUUGUACACAGAAAAUGUGCACAGAAGUUUUGACAGAAAAAACAUUAAUCCAGGGAUUUUCUGCAUAUAAACAACUGGCUAUUUUCUUCAUGAUUUUCCAGUAAUUUCCCCUGCUACAAAAAUUACCUGAAACAAAGAUUCACUCAUGCUGUAGUGCUGCAAUGUAGAUAGUCAUAAAAUAUUUAAAGUGAAACUGCUUAGAAGAUUUUAUUAGUUAAUCAACCUGCACUGAAUUUUUCACCUGCACUGAUGGGAAAAUACCAUAAUAAGAAGCCAAAGAAUGAAUUUGCCAUACAAUUUUCCACAUCAUGCUUCCUUAAACUUUCUGGAUCCCUGGAAUGAAGGAGAGUCUGGUCAGAAGUCUUAUACUUCCUCAUCAAUUUUUUUUCCCUCAGAUUAUCUUUAAAUUGAUAUAUUUCCCAUGGAUAAAAAUUAAUUUUACUCUUUCAGAGAGCAUGAAUUUGUUAGAAUUUUGUAUUUGCUAAUUCCUUGGUCUCCCUAAUUUUCACAUUUUUCCAAAAAUAAAUGUUCAGUAUAAUAAAAAUUACUCUUUAAAGUCUGAGGCAGAUGAGAACAGUUUCCCAAAAUUAUCAUUUUUGUAAUGAUGAUGUCAUCUGGGAUGAGUAAUUUCUUAAUAGCCGUAGUCUGAUCUUCUGUUUCCCCCUUUAGAACAUCUGUCUUACUUUUGAUCUUCAUAUCCAGAAACGGAUUUUAAUUUGCAAUCCACAUUCUUCACUCACUUUCUUUUUUAUUUCCAGGAUUGACAGUUGCAAAGUUAUUUUGGUCUUAUUCAAUUUGAGUAAAUUGAACUGUAUGUAAGUAUAGUGCCUGCUGACUCAGUAAACACUGUAGUGCACACAAAAGACGGAAACAAUGGUGCUGCAUUUAUUGCAGCAAUAAGGUCUUAUGUUAUUGGUAUAUCAAAAGUUAUAACUGCUUUGCCUUUACAAGGUUCUGUAAGCAGAUAUUUGAAUAAACAUCUCUUUAAGUUAUAUUUGUAACAGGCUUUUUCUGUUUUCUCUGAUGUGGUGCUUGUUAUUGGAGGGCUUUUUAAGGCAUAUGCAGCUAUCAUGUUGUCGUUUUAGAAAGAACUGUUGUUAUUUGAUGACCAUUUUUUGCAUUUUAAAGAGAUUUCACUAUUGGGAUCAGGGACAAUUUUAGUUUUGUUUCACAUUGGACUAUAAAGUAUUGCCUAAAUUUGUGCUCAUUAGGUUUCUGUUGUUGCUUUAACUCAGUAAUUAAAUAUCUCUGUAAAAAGACCCACCCUCUAAAAUAAUAGAGAAAUUAUCCUUUUAAUUGUACUAAUAAAGAGUGUGAUAGCUGAAUUUAAGUACUACCAAACUCUUCCCACAAAAGUAUUAAUGAAAUUAUAUCAGUCAAUGAAUAUAGUCAAUAAAAUAACCAUGAUGAUUUCUCUUGGGAUAAUUACAUGGGUAAUUUAACAGUACCUUUGCAUAAAAACUGAGAGCAUUAAUGUGAUAUAGAGUUAAACCUCUGUAAAUGGUAUGUAGAAAAUAAAAGGUUUUCUUGUCUUUUAAAUAAAAAAGAAACCUUUAAAAAUAUGUUGUAGCUCUUUACCAGUAAAUUUAUUUUCCAUUUCUGUCUUAUUUUUGGCAUCUCAUUAUUUAUUGUUUCACGGAGUCACUGUUAGAUCAUGCAAUAGCAACAGUGGGCUUUAUAACCUCUUAAGUGAAUGCAGAGACAAUUGGGUAUUCUUUGCAUAUCUCCUUGAUAAAUGGUUGUUGCAUAAUAAAAUUUGAUAGAGUGGUUUCAGAAUUUUAGCAUUAAAAAUGAAUGAUCAUUGAUCUCUGUCUAUCUAAACUUCAGUGCCAUAUUUUCGUAGUUCAAGGUGACCUAUGGGAUUCAUGUACUAUGAAGUUAUGCUCACUGAUCAUUCUCCAAUACCAUGCCCAAGCCUCAGUGUUUGGACAUUAACUGAUGUGAGUUAACUAGCUUCAGUCUAUAACUUUCUGAGCAAGAAAAAUUCAGAGAUACUUAUCUGACAAAAUGUGCUGCUUUUUUCUGUUACUUUUUCAUCAGGAAAGGUGUGAGUCCAGAACAAGUUUUGUGUGAUCAGGCUUUCAUAGUGUUUUCACUAUUGGUAAAAUUUUUUCUUAGAAAAUUAACAGAUUCUCAAGUCUUAAAAGACCAUGCUUUAGUUCAUAGCAGGUUAAAGGAAUUGCUCCAGUACUUCUAGAAGUAUGUGUUGUCAGUUUGUUGUUUACUUAUUUAUCUUUAUUUUAGUGAGGAUUGAUCUUCCUUUGCAGAAGGAAAGCUCCUCCUUAUACCAUGGUAUUCUAAUUCUUUCAUAAAUUUAUGACAUUUCCUGAUGUGGUUUUUUUUAAUUUGUUAAGUUUAGUUUUCUGAUUUUAAUCUAUCUAUGCUGUCACAUGCUGAAUUUUUGUACAUGGAGUUCAAUGACUGAUUAAUCUUUUUAUUCCAUACUGAAACAUAAUCUUGAAUGUGCUCACUCACAUCCUUAAUGAGUUGUCUCUGUGAAUUCAGUACAAUAACUUCAAUGCAACAGGUUAGGCUAGAUUGUAUUCCUGCAGUUUUGUAGCAUGAGAAGACUAUUUAGAAUGAACAAUGUUUCUUUGGCCUGUAUUUCUCACAUGUUUGGUCAUGUGUCUGUGAUCUGCAGAGAAUCAUGUGCUUGUGCUGCAGUGCAUGGUCUGUAUCUUAUCCAUAUACAUACACUGAAAACACUGACUACUGAAAUUUUAAUUAAAAUUUGAAUGGUGGCUUUUACGGGGACCUUCUGGAUGUUCUAAUGAUGCAGAAAUCUUUUGUUGUAAAAUAAAGAAAUAGUGAACUACACCAUUACACUGUUCACUAAAUCCAGUCCAUGCCAAGAGCAGUUUCGAGAGAUUAUUUUUUUCAAUUUGAUUCAAUUAUGGUUUAUUUGAAAUUUUUCUUGAAUGUUAAUAAUACAUGCUACGUAUCUGUUCAUAUGAGGACAAAAAAUUUACUAUAUUACUCGUUUUGGAACAGUAGUGUGUUUAAUUAAAUCUUUACCAUGAUGCAGCAAAUUAGAAUUUAAAGAAGUGAUACUCUAAAUCUCAGGUAAUGUACGUUUAAUCUUUGGUUACUGUAUCAUCUCUUGGUUUGAAAUAAAAAUUGUUCGAACAAGGGAAGUUUUAAUGCCCUAGUUCCUCCUGCUGGGCUAAGAAAUAGCAAAGUUAUGGUUUCACAAAGUUGAUGUCAAAUACCCCUGCAGUUACUGUACUAAAGAAAUUAGAAUGGGGUUUUCCUACUGCAGUGAAAUAGCUAAGGAAGAAGGAUGAAGAAGGGAAGAUAAUUUUUCUGUUGCUUAUAGUACUUUUCUCAUAGUUUAUUGAAAUGAUAAAUAAUAGGACUGAAACAGUAGAACAAGCUUUGGUAUAACUGAAUUAAUUUUAAAAGAGUAGAGUUCUUACAGGGAGUGCGCACCCUGUGAUGUUCACAGAGUGUUUUUUCCUUUAAUAAAAUUUUCUCAGCAUCCAAUAAGGACAUAAAAAUAAUGCUUCUAAAUCUUCUGAAGCAGACUUGUCAAGUUUUUGGUGGCAUCUUGUAAUUGUGAAAACUAAAGGGAAUGUUUUAACUCUCCUUGGUUACGCAUCUACAUCAGGUUCUUCUCAUGCUUAUUCUUCUCCAUAGUUUUAAAUGCGUGGGAGAAUUUGAUCAGUGUCCUUUUUAUAUUCAAAAUGAGUCAGCUUCUGUUUCAAAAGUGUCUUAUUGUCAUGAUGUCACUGCAUCUCAAGAUUUGUGACCUUUUGCUCUGUAUGGACUCAUGGUAGACCUUGUGUUUUUGCAAACUACUUUGCUUUUGUUCCCCUGCUAGGGGAUAUCAAAGCCUUUUGGACUAAAGUUUUACAUACUAGUAGGUUUGCUAAUAAAUAAAUAAAUAGAAUAAAAUUUGUGUACUAAAAGUACCCAACAGCAACUGAAAACACCCAACAAAGAAACCAACUUAAAGUUUAUUUGUAAUAAGGACCGCCAGAUGUCGCAAAGGCAUCGUGGAUGAAGUGGGUUUUUAUCCAAAAUGUGGCACUUAUAUGAGGAACAGUAGUAUUGUGUUGGAGAGUUGCAGAGGCCAUAACAGGUCAGUGAAAUGUCCUUCAAACAUUUGAUUUUUACAUUUGAGAAUAGGCCAAGAUGAAAAGAUAACCACAUAUCUGACAUUGACAUUGCUACCACUUAGACAACUGAUGCAAUUGCCUUAUUCAGUGGUCUCAGUUUGAUCUUUAUUACUUUGAAACCUACAUAACAAAUUUAAUUUUGGUGGGGUUUUUUCUUAUAAAAAAUUAAGGCUCUGAGCAGUACCAGAUCACAAACUUCUAAAUGUAAAUUUAAUAUAAUAUGUAUAAAGUUUUGUUUUCUCCUUGUUCUUUGAAAAUGUGAAAUACUAUUAAAAACAUUUCUAAGAAUACCAAGUAGAAUUGAAAGAAUUUGAACUGAUUUGAACAGCAUGUGUAAAUCAGAGUAAAAUAAGUUGAACUUGGAAAUAAGUAUUUGAUGAUUGAUUCUUUUAUUGAAACAGAAUGAGUAUGAUAGUGGAUAAAGUGAUUUUCCGUAUUAAGAGAAAAUGUAGUGUUUAUAAACAUGUCUUCAGUAUGAAGGGAAGCCCUGUCAAAAAAAAUGAACAACAUAUAAUAUCUUUUAAAAGGUAAAGUAAUAUAAGUAUAUCACUUAGUUUAUGGAUCAAAUUUUACAACCUAAAAAAUGUUGUGUAUAUUCCUAGUGUCAUAAAGCUUACAUUUAAAAGAUACUGUUAUUACCUUUGUUAGGUUGUGGAAAAGCUUAAUUCUUACUGAGUUUGUGCUAGAAUUAAAAGUAUAUUUAGAAGAAGAAAUGCCAGUGCAGAAAAUUAAGUCCAAAAUAUGUAUUAAUGUACAGAUCAUAGUCAAAUCCCUAGUAAUUUUUUGUACUUUAAAUACAUAAUUCAAAAAGUAAGCUGCUGUAUGCUUGCGUUUAAUGGACUCUGCCUGAGUAUGCAGAAGCUGUCAAGAUAAAAUACGGAACAAAUACAGAACAUGCAUCAUUCUAAUUUAAUUAUGACUAUUCUUAAAAAAUAAAAUAAAUUUAUGCCUUUGUGGUUUUGUGUUGUAUGUAGAAAUCUGCGAUCUUUAUUGCUAAGAUUGAAUUUGAUUUUGUUUUGUAUGAUUCUUGCUGAUUUCUCUGUUGCUUGGGCACAUGUGCAUACACCAUUUAAACAUGUGAUAUAUAAGU